AUGAAUUUCAGAAGCAUGGAUGAAUUUUGGCUUUUCUACAUGAACCAACGUAUACACUCAAGACCAGCAACAAGGCGUUGGCAUUUUAAUUUAGUUUUGUUCAAAAACUGGUUUGUGAUUUUUGUGCCACUUUUUGGUUAUGGCUUUGCAUGGUGUAGCCAUUUUUAUGUUGAAGGGAAUGUUCCUGCAGCAUUGAGACACCCUUUUUGGUGUCUGUUUUCUGAGUGA